AUCCAAAAGUUCCCAUUAAUUUGAGCAUUAAAUAAGUUUUCUCUGAUCGAACGGCGGGCAAAUGGUGACAAGUUAUCAAACUCAACAGAAACAACCAGAGGACGGAAAAGUGCGGAUGGCUCCGGCGAGAUCGAAGCUUCACAAUAUGAUGCUUCCGCCGAGUUUGACUUGGGGUAAUUCGAGGCCUAAUAUUUGGUGUAUCAAGGAGAAACGAAUCGCUAAUAUACAAUCCGUCGUCGUUGGUCGGGGGACUGAAUCGGAAUCGGAGCGCAGGAGCAGGACGACGAAAUGUUUAGAGAAGGCGUCGUCGCCGGCGGUGCGAUCAGGGGAUUCCGGUUUGAGAUCUAGCGGCGGCGAUGAUGGAGACGGCGGUAUUGGUGCGGAGAGGGAGAAAAUAAUGUCUGAUUUGAGGUGUGCUGCGAAUGAGAUGCAAUUAGCGUUUAUGAAAGAAUGUUCGAAGCCGGCGGCGGCGGCGGUGGUGCAGUUAGAUGCGAGUUCUUCGUCGCGGCCGUGGAAUUUGCGGUCGAAGAAAGUAGAUGUAUGUAAUAAGUCUCAAGAUGAUGUAAAAAAGGUAAACAAAGAUGAGAAGAAACAGAAAGGAAAGAAGAGAUUCUCAAUUAGUUUAUCACAUAGUGAGAUUGAAGAAGAUUUCAUGGCGAUCGUUGGUCAUCGGCCUCCCAAAAGGCCGAAGAAACGAAGCAAGAUUGUGCAGAAGGAAUUGGAUGAUCUUUUUCCGGGGCUAGGGUUAGCACAAGUAACAGCCGGCAAGUACAAAGUUUCCGGUCCUCGUAACUUCUGAUUACUGAUUCAUUCAAGCCCUAAGAUGACGAGAUCAAAACUUUUGUUAUUAUUAGUUCUGAAUUUCUGAUUAUA